AUGCUUGAAAGAGGUGUCGCCACGGAAUUGAUAGCGAUAUCCAAGGGCCAAAGGCGCCGGCUUCAAGCUAUCAACAUGGACACCCAAACUCCAGUGGGGUCCCUGGAUGCUUGGCUUCAUGGUUGCCCGGCGUCGGCAGCUCCACCACGUGCCUUGAAGAGCCCCUUCCCAGUUGAGGCAAGGAGGGAGCGCAGCAAAACGCUGAGCGAGCCAAUGCCCAUACCAAGGCUACACAACAGUCAUUGUGCGCGGGCUCCCUGCUGCCAUUGUCUCGCGGAUGGCGAUGGCUUCAUGGUCCCAGGAGAAGCGCAUGGCCGUAUGCUUGUGAACAUCAGCGAUCCGACCCAGAUGCAGUUGGAGUCGCCCAUAGACUGCGUCUUGGAGAGCGAGGGUACAGUGCGCUGCGGCAGAUUCGCCGCUUCGCCUAGCGACCCUCUGUCGAGCGCUCUCAUCUCCAGACAGGCAGCUCUGGCCAUUCAGAGCGUGGUGGUAGGCAACGCCGUAUCGGCUGCAGCUCAGUGUGCUCCUCUGCCGUGUCCUUGCAAGGCACGCAGUCCCUUUGCUGCCGCGCAAGAGUCGUGCAGCACGAAGCCCAAGCUUGAUACUGCAGCGCUGACACUUUCUUGCAACAGGUCAACUCCAUGCCCCGAUGUGGGCCAGGACUUGACCUCCGUCGGUGCUUUUACACACUCCAAUCCGGUAUCGGCCUCGACCUUAACAAUCUACGAAGCCCAGCUUAAUCUUGGAUGCUGUGACACGGAGGCUACUACCCGUUACGGACGGCUGUUUCCCACUGUGGGAGCUCGGAGCGACGCACAGCCAAUCUCAAGAGGACCUAGUCGUAGCCUCGCCUCGCCGACACAUUUCAUCGACACCGCAGCGUCCCUUCCUGCCAUGCCCGCGCGAGCGACGGUGAGUCUCGCGUCCCUCUGUACGGCACUCUCUUCGCCGGCAUCGCACGUCACACUCGCCGGCGCAAACAGCCGCUGCUGCUCGUACAAAGGAUCCAAGGUCCAAGCCGCCGCCGCAGCCCCCGCCACCGUCAUCUCCGCAGUCGGCGCCGCGGAUGCAGCAACCGCGGCCUUCAGUCGCACCCUCGCAUCGCCACCAGAGACCUCCAACAGGACCGCCGCCGACAGCGCCGCAACACCCUGUCUGCUGCCGUACAUUGGUGGCCCACAGUACGACAAAUCGACUCUUUGUACGGCAGCAGUUGCAGCCUUACUGCCCCCAAUAGAACGGAACAACCUGGAGGGUGAGGCCGCCCUCAGCAGCAGGGCAGCCAGCUAUCUCCCAAUCCUAAUGCUUGCGCAUCAGGUCGGCAGUCUAGAUGCUUGGCUUGAAAGCCCAUAUCCUGGUUGCGGCAUCGGUAUUCCUGCCCUGCAAGUAUGCCAGGGACAGACCCGCUCUCGUUCUAUGCUGGGAGGACCGUCGCGGUCGCUCCCAACACCAGAUUGUGCAACAGCAAGCAUGAAUGCUGUGAGAACAAUUACCUGUAAAAGUACCAGUCAGGAUGCAGCUGGUCAGACGGCUUCGACAACUCCGGCCCCUGAUAGCUUACAAUUGCCUUUAAUGCUCAGCAGUCAAACCGACACAUACUUUGUGGUGUCGCGCGGUACAUGCUCUUUUAAGCGGAAGUCCUUGCUGUCUGAGCAGCUGCGCAAAGCGACAUCGCUCCCUCAGACCAACAUCAUCAGCUCAGACCAGAGCCCUAAGGCUAGCGCCGGACUUGGUAAGGACCCUGACGUCCUCACCGACAAAGGAAAUGCGCCAGAGCGACUUGUUGCAGGCGCGUGUGUGCUAUCCCAUAAAGACCCGACAGCGCAUUCGCCCGACGGACCAGCAGCGCCCGUCUGCAGCAGCAGCAUUAGCAGCGGCAGCAGGGUCGCAGCUGCCAAACUCCAACCGGAGAAACCGGCUGGCCUUCACAGCAGGUGCAGCAACAUCUCCACUUCUCGCGCCUCCCCUUUUUCCAACAAACAACCCCUGCUGAUGGUGCUGGGCUCGUGCUCCGAGGACAUCGACGCCGGCAGCAGCGCCUGCGGUGGUGGCGGCUCCCUGUGCUGUAGCAGCAGCGCCGGCUGCUACAGCAGCAGUAGCAAUAUACUGCAUUAUUCCAGGGGAGACCGGGACGACGGCUCCAACGAACCGCUGUACUUACAGCCCCAGCCUCAACGACUCCUGCCGCUGCUGCAACAGGAUCAAUACCCUGGAAGCGGCGGCACGCUGAGAGCGGCGGCGUGCACGGCUACAGCCGCGGCGGCGGGCCCCCCCGGUGAGCCGUCCCCGCCGCCGCAUGUGGAGGCGACCCAGCGGGCCGUGUCCACCGGGCAGUGCCAGGAGCCACAGGGCUUUGGCGGCCUUCUGGAGCGAGGCCCGUCCUCAGAUCUGUGGUCGCCGCAGCUAGGUCAAACAGUCCCUCCAUGUCAUACUGCUCCUGAUACUCCUCCUGCUCCCCUCGCGCCCGCCCUCAUUUCAGCCAUGUCAUCUCCGGCCACCGCCACCGCCUCCUUCUCGCCCGCCCACGUCGCGAGAGCCAGCGCUGCAACCACCACAACCAGCUCAACGCCUGAGGAUAAGAGCAGGAACGGCCUUGAGAGCUGCAGAGGUGUCAAAGAUGAUGUGCCGGGCGGCGGCGGCGGCGGCAACGGCGGCGCUGACAGUGAGGCGGCGGCUGGCUCCGCCACCGAUCUCACGUCAGGUGGUGACGAGUCAUGUCCUGGAAGCAAAAGCCAGUCAAAUGCUGUGCAGCUGGCGGUCGCGGCACAUCUUGCGACGGCGUGCGUCGACGUCGCAUCUAAUACGGUGGCGGCGGAGGCGGAGCGUCCCUCGGAGGAGGGGGAACACCAGCCCGCGGGUGUGGAAGAGGGCUCCCGAAGGGGGCCCAGGGGGGUCUGUUUCGCCAGCCUCUUCGAAACGGUACUUGUCCUGCCCGCUACGACCGACAGCGGCGGCGGCGGCGGAGCGCACCGUGUAGUACGACCGUUCGGUGUGAUGGACGAGCAAACGCUGCUGCGGCACUCACGGAGCAUGGGGCACGGCGUCGUGGGCUUGGAUCGCAGCCGCAGCUUAGGAGGCCUCGGGGGCUCGCUCGACGCAAUGGCGGCGGUGGGCGCCAACGCGGGCUGGCCGGAGACCUCCAUUGACGCCCGUCUUCGUGACGUGGUCAACGCCCGGCGAUCGUUCGACGUGUCGAAGGCGAUGUCGAUGUCGAGGGCAUCGGGCGGCGGCAGUUCGCGUCGCGGCGGCGGCUUCUUCGGCGCCACCGCGGCGCUGGAGGCGGAGGUGCCGCCCGUCAUGUACGAGGGCACUGUGCGGCACGGCCUGCCGCGCAAAGCAGCGGCGGCUGCUCUGGCCCGUACGACAAGUCAGCCAAUUUCAGAUGCAGUAAUUCGGCCAUUGUUGUUUGCGGAGGAGGUCGCUGAGGACCCCACUGAGGCUUGA